AUUUGAUGAUUUUUUAUAACUUUUUGUGAUAAAGUGUGAAUUUCCUAAUCUCUGACAGAUAUUUGACUGUGACUGGUCGCCAAAAAGAGCACCACCCCUGGAGAAAAUUUUCACAAUUUGUAAGAAGAUUGUUGCCUGGUUGAAAAUGGAUAAAAGAAAUGUUGUCGUCAUUCAAUGUCAGGUUGGUAUAUCACAUUCAUGGGUCCUUUCAAUUUAGGACUAUAUCACCACGUAUUCCUCGUGUGUUGCUGCCACAGUGGCAUGCAGUGAAUAUCAGGAUUUUUCAGCAUAUCACUCGAUUCAACUAAGGAUUUGAAGGAUUUUGUAAUAUCGAGUGUAAAUUUUAUAUAUUUAUUUAGCAGGAGCAGCUGCAUGCAACUAUAGACCGCUCCUGGUUAGGUGUAAACAAAUGUAUAAAAUUUAUACCCGAAAUUUUUAUCCAUAAAAUCCUUCAACAUUAGUGCAUGUAGUGCUUCUUCUCUGCUGAUUCAAAUGCUGCAGUUGUCUGGUCCUUCCACUCUUUCCACUCUGCAGGUUUUCUCCAGUUCCCUCACAUCUACGCUGGAGGAUAACGCUUACUGGACCUCUAGGAAGAACAGUUUAGAAUGAUAGAACUAUCCAGUAUAAAUAAAGUUAGUUUACUUUAAGUUUCCUCCUGUAGUAACACUGGAUCAACAAGAGAUGAUCCUUACUAGAUUUCUAGGAAGAACAGUUUAGAACUGGUAGAGCUAUCCAGUAUAAAUAAAGUUAGUUUAGUUUAGGUUUCCUCCUGUAGUAACACUGGAUCAAUAAGAGAUGAUCCUUACUAGAUCUCUAGAAAGAACAGUUUAGAAUGAUAGAACUAUCCAGUAUAAAUAAAGUUAGUUUACUUUGAGUUUCCCCUGUAGCAACACUGGAUCAUAAUAGGAGAUUGUCCUUACUGGACCUCCAGAGAAGAGUUUAGAACCGAAACAGUGAAACAGUUAUCUAGCACACAAAAAAGUUAGUUCUACUUUAGGUUUUCCCGCGUUGCAACACCAGACGAAUAAUAUAAGAACUUGUUCUUACUGGACUUUCAGAGAAAACAUUUCAGAACUGAUAGAGCUAUUCAGUAAAGUUAAAGUUAGUGAAGUUUAGGUUUCUUGAUGCUGUAACAUAAGAUUAAUAAUAAGAUUUAGCUCUUAUACUUGGAGAGAAAACGGUUUAGAACUGAUAAAGUUAUCCACUAUAAAUAUCAGGUAGUUUUUCUUGCCUCUUUUCUGUACAAAUAGUCGUCAUGGAACCAUUAUUUAUCCCCAUUUCUCAUAUGCUGUUUUCUUGGCAGGAUGGCAAGCUUACGUCAGGAUUACUCGUCACAUCGUUGUUUAUAUAUUGUCAUCUCUUCAUGUCUCCCGAAUGUGCUUUUGAAAUGUUUAAUAUUCGUCGUCAAAAUAUGUCUACAAGAAUUGUCCCUAGUCCUUCACAAAAACAGUAAGAAACCUUUUAUGUUCAAUACAUAAGGGAUAUACUCUUAAUGCCCUAAGCAAACGUAUCACGACACUUUGGUAGAAAGACCGUACCACAUAUAAUAGAUUAUACAGAGCUCUGCCUCGGCAAAAAACCCUUGCCGCCAUCACUGCACUGUACGGCCUCCAUGUUCCUAGCCAGUACGAUAACGAGACUGAACACUUAUCCCUCCGAACUGAGAAUUGAAGCCUUUGAAUAAAGCCACGAUUUUGAAUGUUUUCUGAGAGUGAUGCCCUUUCCUUAGCGCACUGGCUAGGAACAUCGCGGUUGUGUCGGAGCCCUAUGUAUUCCCUGAUAUAGUGCACUAAGUUGAUUUUUUGACAAAAACAAAUCAGUUACUGUAUAUAUGCUAUACAAACAUAAACAAAGAAGUUAUGCUGUACUUCUCCAAUGACAUUGACGAUACUCAGUCUGUCAACAUUUGACACCAAUUUAAUUUAUCCACGUUUUAUAACUGUUUUUGUCCUCGUCGAUUUCAUGUAUACGCACUAAUAUUUUGCUUUUAUUUUUGCAGCUAUUUUAAUUACAUAACUCAACUGAUAAACGACACAGCUGUGAAGCCUCAUAAAUAUUUCCUUACUAUAAACGCAUUCACAAUGGAACCUGUACCUCUUUUCAACCGAGCAAGGUUUGUACUGUUCCUCCCACAGGGAAAGUUGACAGGGUGGGUUAGGAUAACAUAGUUAGAAAAGUAAUAUUGUUGUGAAUACAAUAGUUUAGGCUAGGGAGGUAAUACAUGCAAGUGAGCGUAAUACUUGAUGUACUCGCGGUCACUUAAAAACUCCCCGAUAGGGAGUGUGAGCUGCAUGUAUCGCUGCGAGCUCGGAGUACCUCGGAGUGAUGGGCUAUAUAAAAGUCUGGUUACAAUCAAUCUCGUUCCCCGAGCAUGCCCGUUCGCAGGUUAAGGGUGGGCAUAGCUCUGGAGAAAUCGAAUUGAUUCAGGCCUGUGAUUGGCUAACGGCAGAUAGUACGUUGGAUUUCCAACGUGAGUUCUAUAUAAACAAAGUAUUUGGAAUUUCUCGUCGAAAAUUUGAUACUUUUUACACUGAAAUCGAUUGAAAACAACUAGAAAUUGUGGAGGAAGCUGCGGAUUGAUAGAGAUACAAGUACCUGAAAAAUACAGGGAGAACUUCGACGUUUCGAGCGAAGGCGCUUCGACCUGUACUGUUAAUAGUGUUUGUAUACAUCGUACUUGACCUUUUAUAUACUGUCAUACCUAACACUACGUAUACCAUAAAUUCUGACAGAAGAGUUAAAUGUAAAUUUUAAAGCAUAAAAAUAUAUAAUACUUAUUAUUGAGGAGAUUAUAUGUAUCAGCAAAGGUCAAGUACGAUGUAUACAAACACUAAACAGCACAGGUCGAAGCGCCUUCGCUCGAAACAUCGAAGUUCUCCUUGUAUUUUUCAGGUAGCUGUAUCCCUAUCCAACCGAAGCUUUCGUACAUAUUUCCCCCAGAAUUUUUAGUUGUUUUCAAUUCAAUUUCAGUGUAAAAUGUAUCAAACUUUCGACGCGAAAUUCUAAAUACUUUAUUUAUAUUUUGCAACAUUGCCGAGCAUGCGUAGAACUCACGUUGGAAAUUCAACGUGAAUCAAUUCGAUUUCUCCAGAGCUAUGCCCACCCUUAACCUGCGAACGGGCAUGCUCGGGGAACGAGAUUGGGUUACAAUUGCCUGCUGUGGAUUGAACAAGUCUAAUACAUAUCUAUCGUGUGUUUAUGGUAAACAGGUCUUAAAAAUGACAGAAACCCUGGCACUACCGUAAUAGUAUUCCACUCUGUAGGCAUGGUUGAUGUUUUUUAUAUACCUUGUAUGUAUCGAAAAAGAUAUGUAUCGAAAAAGUAUAUAUUGUUAAAGUGGAAGUCAAGUCCGUUCUGCGCAUCGGUUCUGCUCAUAACAAUGUGAGCAGGGGCGUAGGAAGCGGGGGUCACGGGGGGCACGUGCCCCCCCCCCCAAUUUUUUUAAAGGACUAAAAGUGCCCUUUUUUGUGAUAAAAAAAAAACAUUCCGGGAAAAAUUUUUUAGGUGCCCUUUCCGAUAGUAAUGUGCCCCUACAAGCCGGUGCCCCCCCAAACUCCAGGUGCUUCCUACGCCCCUGAAUGUGAGGACCUCUAAUGUAAACAUUGCCCAAAUUUCGAAUGUUUCGAAUUUUUCUGAACAUAAACUCUAUUUCAUUUUCAUUUAGAAGCAUAGGCUAUAGCGAACCAAAAUGGUGUUAGAUAUUCAGACAGUACAUCAUAUUUUAAAAAAAUACAGCAGUUCAAAAUGUAAACAAACCGUUUGUUUAUAUACGGACGACUUGACUUCCACUUUAAUGGAUACCCUAAUUCCGAAUAAAUUUUGUACUUUCUUUACUGUACAAAUUAGAAAUAAUACUUGUUUUCAUGACAUACCAUUCUGAACGCGUCUCUGACAUACUUUUGUUUUUUAGGAAAGGCUGUAGACCAUUUAUAGAAGUUUAUAAUGGCGAUAAAAGAGUUCUUACGACUGCUCGAGAAAUAGAACAAAUGAGGUGAGUCUAGGCCUACAUUUCUACACGUUUUAGGAUCUGCAUGAUAUGAGCAAAGUGUGUUAAACGUCAUCUGACGACAUCACAAGCUGACUGUUUCCGUCGUAACUAUACCUGAAAGAAAAGAUGAAGACAACUUCGACAUUUUGAGCUGAGGUAUUUGUUCUAGAAGGUAACUGUCUACUAACUUCCAGUCGAAAGAUCUUCGCUCGAAACUUUUUCAGGCAAUUAUUAUAGGUAAUCGCAUAGGGCCGAGUAAAAUUAAGGUUUAAUUUCACGCCUGUUUUCAAAGUUUGAAAACACAAGUGAAAUUAAACCUUAAUUUUACGAGGAACUAUGCGAGUACUUGUUAAUCAUAGAGGGCAAAAUUUAUUCGUAAGUUGUGAACUUGUCAAGUUCUUGAACCUCGUAUGUCUCCAUGCAUGUCUUCGCCGAUGUUCCUUAAUGCUGCCCUGCCUGCCCAUUUCUUAAAUACUCCAACCAAUAAAUUCGUAGAAAGGCGAGAAGCCAUUGUUUUUAUUGCUAUUUAAAACAAAAGCUAAGCUUGCGUCUCAGCCAAUCAGGUACAAGUAAUUUUGCCCUGAAUUAAGAAAAAAUGCCCUCCUCAUUAGCCAAUCAUAUUUGAGUAAUUUUGCCCUCUAUAUGAUUAAAACCAAAAUCUUCGUUAACAGUUCAAUGAAGAAUGUUACCUAUCCUGGACGUGAAAUGAAUUAACAUUCAGCAAAACCUAAAAUCACCAAGCCCAAUGUGUUAUUUACCACCCUGAUUUGUUUUAAAAAUUCUGCCUACAUAAUGUGGUCAUUGGCAAUAAUUAUUUUUUUCCUAACCCAGGGAAUAUACAGUUUCUGAUCAACAAAUUGAUUGCAAACUACGCCUUGAGAUUCAAGGCGAUGUAACGAUCUGUGUUUAUCAUGGACGAUCAACUCUGGGUGGUAAAGUUCAGGGAAAACUGACAUCUAUUCCGAUGUUUCAAAUACAAUUUCAUACUGGUUUUAUUGGAGUGAAGGCGAAAAAGAUGGUCUUUAUUAAGUAAGUGUGAAUUUAAUCUCUCAAUAUACAGUAAUAAUCUACAGACAUUGGUUUAGUUGUGAGACUGGCUAUGACGUCUGUCAGUUGCAACAACUUGUUACAAAAAUUAUACUGACUAGUCACCAGUCGCUUAUUCCGCGCUGAUUGAAGAUUGUGUAUAUUUUGUACGUAACGGAAUAUUUCCCAAAUUGUUAGUAAAUUGGUGGUCUUGUACAAGGCGAAAAAGAGUUUUUCAUUUUAUAAAUCUCUUUCCGUUCUUAACUAUGCAUGGCUCUGCACAACUGAAAUAUUUUUCACCAAACUGAAAGAUUCAGUUUAGCAGUCAUCAAAAUACACAAUGGUGUUGCUCCAACAUUGCCGGGGGGGAAAUGUUACCAGACGGCUGGAUCCCCUGCAGACUUGGUUCAAGUCUCAGGAGAACUUUUUUCCACCACUCGUGUACAUCGCUAUUUUCUACUCCCUCGGGAACUUUUGAAUAUCCAUUGUGAGACUUGAAUCAUAUCAAGUUUGGAGUUUUGGUGGCGCAGUCGACAGAGCAAGAGGCGUGCACCUCUGAGGUCCUGGGUUCGAUUCUCUCGUUCGCCACUCAUGUGAAAAGAGUCAACGCUCUGCCGAAAUUCGUGGGUUUUCUCCGGGUGCUCCGGUUUCCUCCCACAGGGAAAGUUGACAGGGUGGGUUUCCUCCCACAGGGAAAGUUGACAGGGUGGGUUUCCUCCCACAGGGAAAGUUGACAGGGUGGGUUGGGAUAAACACAGUUAACAAAGAAAGUAAUAUCACAAUUGUUGUAAAGAUAAAAACAGUCUAGGCUAAGUAUGUAAUUAGGUAUAGCGCGUUUGCACUCAUUCCCCAGGGAUCAACUCGACAAAAGACGCGGUGGCCUUGUUGGUGUUCCAGACAAAGAGUCUAAUUAAAAUUCUUUUGAAUUGGAACACCAACAUGGCGGCUGUGAGGUCAUGUGCAAACGCUCUAUGGCGUAAAACUUGAUUAACAUUUGAUCAUAUCAUGCGCAUGGAAAUUCGGGUUAUAGAAAUCUCAAUCUUACGUUUCUUGUUUAUAUUUUCAGAGAAGAUAUCGAUGUACCUGAUGCAAAUAAUAUGAACAAGUUUGCUGAAAAUUUCAACUUAACUUUGGAUGUGACCGUUGAUGAGAAUCAUUGUAAUGACAUGACUUAUGUCUGGGAUUCUGGCCCGAAUGAAAAAGCAACCAGGCAACUCCUGUUUACAACUUCUGAAGAAUAUCUACAGUGUCAGGAGGACUUUGGUAUGUUUUUGACCGGUUUUUAGUUGUCACUAUUCUACAUUUUGUAACAGCGGCUGCUCAUUGAAGCAGCCGCUGUUACAAAAUGUUAGGAAAUUCUGAGAAUGAAACAUGCAAGCGUAAUUAUUGCCCAGUAAUUGCCCGUAAUUGCGAAAGCUCCCUAGAUAAGUUUCGACAUUAAAAAUAUUAUUGCCCUUAAAAUAUGAAAACUAGAUCAAAACGAGGCUAGUAAGUUAUUUUUGUCAAAUCUAGCAGUGUAUUUUUUGAGAUCUAAUAUCUCGACGACAAUUUGUAUUAUAUUUAUUACAAACUGUAAGUCAUGAAGUAUUCCUUAGUCAAAAUUAAUUUCAAGUGAAUGCAAGUGAUUGACAAUCAUUUGUUUAUGAUAUUUACAAAAAGGUUCUAGCCAAUGAAAAAGGGUAACUAAGGAAAACAGUACCAUCAAAUUGUGACUUUUUUACGAAAAUUGAUCAAAUUCUUAAAAAUUGCAGAUUUAGUCGCAAAAUGUAUUGUAUUCCAGUAACGAGUACAAAUUGGAAGACGUCUGGGUUAUUUUCGUGAUUUGCCCGACUAGCAAACGACCAACGAGAGUGACUGUGCAGUUACAGGAAUCAAAACAUGGCUGAAUUUGGUGAAAUUUAAAAUAUUUAAUUUAUAUUGUGUUUAGUUUUAGGUGAUGAUCGUGAGAUGAGUUAUAGAGAACAAUUUGAAAUGGACAAGAAAUCACGACAUGAAAAUACGGCGAAUCAAGGUUCAGCUGAUGUCAAAGCUGAUUCAAGUUUAAUAAAUAAUAAAACUAAACCUGGUUCAGGAAAUGCGAAAACGGAACGAAAACCUGGUUCUUUUUUUGAGAAUCUUGAAUGGGAAGCCGAUGAAGAACCUUUGAAGGAAAGUAGUGAAAGCGAUGAGGAAUGGGACGCAUUACGAAGUGGAAACACACAAAAUGAAUCCAACAAUACCGCCCGAACAACGUUUGAUUUCUUUGGCGAAACUGAACCUCAACGGAGCAAUAAUGAAGCUAACUUUGAUUUGUUCAACCUCAGGCAGGGCGAGGAACAACCUGAUCACACGACUAAUGAUACAAAUGAGGACUUACUAGGUCUUGCUCAGGAUAGCAAGGGUCAAUCAGGGGAAACUCGGGAUCCCAGUGUGCCAUCUCCACGACCAAGGAAGGGAACAAGACAUUCCAGUUUAGGCGAAGAUCAGUUACAGUCUGACUUUGAUUUACUGAACUUAUCAAAUCAUUCGAAAGAAGAUUCUGAGGUUGAUCUACUUGGAUUGAACAGUAGUGGUGGCGCUAUGAAGAGAAAUAAGAGUGCUGAUGACAUCUUUAAUACUUCUCCAACUGAAAAUAAAGUUUCAGAUGAUAUUUUUGCAGACCUUCGUUCACCUUCAAACAACUCAAACACACCGCCUCAAUCCAAUUCAACUCAGUCCUUUGAUCCAUUUGCUGGGGGUAAAGCUAAGAAUGUUGAUCUUUUUUAUGACUUCAGUACCAAUACGUCUGGUUCCAGCGGUCCAAUCUUAACACCCCAGGUUAAUACUUCAUGGAAACAAAAUACUUCGGCUUCAGAGAAAACGACAAGUAGUGAUCCGUUUGCAGAUUUAGGAGGUCUGGGCUCAAGUAAUGGAUUUGGGAAAUUGAAUGGUAAUACCGCGCCAGAGUCGUUCCCGUCAUUUCAGCAGAAAUCUCCAUCGCCCUCCCCUACACCAAAGCCCGCAACACCCGCACAGCAGAAAUAUGGUUUUCAAAAUAGCGGGAAGGCAAGUCCAAAAGUUCAGAAACCCAACUACGCCCCAAGUUUCUCAACUGCAGCGGGUUCAGUGUUUGGAUCAUAUGGUCUACGAGAUGGCUACGGUAAGUUCUUCUUUGCACAUACUAACAUGAAGUUUCCAAAACGACAGAAACGUCGAUAAAUUUCUUUGGGUUAUAACCAGUUUUUCUAGGUGCAAAAAUUCGGCAAGUUUGCGUGUUCUCGUCAGCCUGAAAACCACGUACAGACGUGUGAAACUCUAAUAGAUGUAUUAAAGGAAUGACGAAUACCAAAUGUUUUCCGUGCAGGAAGCGUCGUCCGUGCACGCGUGACCUUCAGAAAGUGUAAAAAAAAAACACGAGCGGCAUAAAAUGCAAUUGUUGAUAAGGAUUAAUCAAUUACAAUAAGAAAGCUACAAUUCCUUGUAUUUUUCAUAUAGUUGUAUCAAUCUGUAGCUUUACUGCAGUUUAUUGCAUUUUUGCAUGCUUCGUUUCUAUGUUGUUGUUUGUUUUAGCAUGGCAAGCAUAUGAAAGUCAUAUUCCCAUGUUUCGUGCACGAAUAUCUCUCUCUCUUUGACCUUGACCCCAAUCACGAAGGAAAUAACCACAUGAAAACGAGGCCAUUGGGGCAAGAGUGCAAUAAACAGUAUGGUUUCUAGUCAGGUUGAAAAUUUUAGCUUGAUUUUGCAAAUGUGAGAUUAUCCGAGCAGGGCUUUAUCCAAGCACUUUUGCUGACCCCCGUUUUAGAAAAGAAGAUUCAGUUUUUGUGACGCAGGAAUGUAGCAAAGGGGCAAAGUCCCUGAAAGGUUUUGCUAUUUCCGCAUCUUAGACUAUGUUGCCGCUUCGUUGCUCGGAUGUAACUGUGGUUGUGAAUGUAAACAUUGCACGCGCAAUAUGCUCAUAUUCUAGCGUAUUUUUUUGCGGCUUUUUCACUCUUCCAGCUCAAGGUUGUGUAAAUUUUUUAUUUUAGUUGAAAAAUUUACUUUCUAUUUGUAAUAUUAAAUUUUUUGUUAUUCUUCAAUCAUUCCAUUUCAUUUUGUGCUGAUUUGAUCGAAAUAUUUAUCAGAAAUCCAAACAUGCAUGCCAUCUAAGCAUGGUGGGCACAAGACACAAAAUAUACGAUAGAGGUAGCUUUAUAACAUAAACAUGUUUUAUUUUGAAAAACAAAACAGCUCAAAUAACCCCGUUUCUUGGAAUUCCAAAAACUAAAGCGAGUGAAAAUGAUUUUUUGUUGUUUUUUCUUUUCGUUGGGGGAAAGAUUCAGUUUAAAAACUCAAUCCAAGAUUGAGUUUUGACCUCCGUUUACCGGAGGUCAGUUGGUGCUUGGAUAAAGCCCUGCCGAGUUACAAACGCCCCUUGAUUUCUGAGAAAGAAUGAAGAGGUUAAGUAAAGAACGAAAUAUUGCAAGUGAGUCUGUGACUAAUUCAUUCCAUUCUUUUGUCGUUUCAGUGAACAAACCCGUGAAAAAAGACGAGUUCAGUGAUAUAUUGAAUUCUCAUGGUUUUAAAGCAACGCCAGAGAGUGGACCUAGCACAAUGAAUUCAUUACGACAACAAACUGAAGAGGAGGACGACCCUGUCAAGGCCAAGGUAAAACUAACAACUAUAUUUGACUUGAAGGCAACCAUUUGACUUUCAGACUAACAACACUAUCCUGCGAUAGGGAGUCCUGUUGAAGAUUACAUGACGUAAUGGUUCAAACUGUGUUGUUCAAACGUUUUUUACAUCAUUUUCAUGGCCAUGACCACACCAACACUUAAAACGUUCAAGUCGUGCAUGGGGUGUUUUAUGUGAAUUCACUGACUAUUGCUUAAGGGUUGUUUGUAAAGAAAGAUAAGUACGUUUAAGACGCAAAGAAAGUUUCGUAAUGUAUGCUCUGGCACGCAUACAUAAAUUUGUAAUUUUGUUUUCUGCCGUUGUUGGUUGCGAAACUCUCUGUUGCAUGCGAUAGGGAAUCCCAUAUAGAAGAAUACAUCCGGCAAAGCGCUCAGUCACAUGCGACUGAGGGCUGUAUAUUACAUGAGAAACUGGCCACGUAGGUGAAAAGCACGCGCACUGAUGUUUGUGCCAGCAAUCUCUCGUCUUCUAGGAUCUGACGGGACACUACUGUAGUACAUCGAUUGAGAGGGCAAUGGAGAAAUGUAAUUUCACUUGUUUAUGAACAUCGGGUCAACAUGAACAUAUUUUUGGAACAAGUAUAUUUCGUAAGGUUUAUAUUAUACUCAGCUGUGGUUGUUUUAGAUCCGUGGUUGGAGCGAUGGCAAAAGAAAGAAUAUUCGUGCUUUGUUGUGUUCACUGGAUACUGUGUUGUGGGAGGAAGAAAAAAGAUGGAAAAAAGUUGGCAUGCAUGAGCUGGUCACAGCUGAUCAGGUGAGUCUUAUGCGUCCGUUGUUUGUAAAGGAAUGCAGGAUUGUAUUUGGCUUCGUUUGGCCUCAGUACGUACUAUAUACUCACUAAAAUAAGAUCGUGCGGAUAAUCUUGUCUUGUACAAACUCUAUGUAUAAAAGACAUGUGCCCAAGCAUUUUUGGAAAACUACUUCCCCCGACAUGAAAUGUUAGCGUUGACAUAAAAUAUGUAAAAUUAACAUUAUCCCGUUUUAAACCAAGCCUGGAUGACGUCCAGGAAGACAUUUUGAGCUAGACAAUGGAUCUCUUUUUGUUGAUAUCCGUUCACAUUGCCUUGCCUUUAUUAGAGAGAUUUAGAUUUGAUUUCCGCUACCGCUGAUCAGAUUCUUUAAUAUAUCCGAUUAACCAAUCAGAUGCGUACUAAGCCAGGAAGUGGAAGUCAAAUCUGAAAUUCUCGAAUGUUUUUCCACAGGAAAACUUGAAACUUUCAAGCAUGCAAUCGUGCUUAACAUACGGUUACGCAGUUCUAGGAUUAUAAAUAAUUUAUCUAUUUCUGAGACAAUAUAUUUGAAUGUGAAGUAGUGAUUGUACGCUUAUCUCUACACUGUAAAGCUGAAGUUUAUUUUUUCUAUUUCCAGGUGAAGAAAUAUUACAAGAGAGCCGUUCUGUCUGUUCAUCCAGAUAAGGUGAAUAUCUAAGCUUUCUGCACUCUAAAAAACACUCCAGUGAAAUUUCCCGAUCAUUUUAACCUUUUUUCCCACCAUAGCCUGGUCAAUGUAACCAUGAAUCUGGUGAUAUUUGAGCAGGACGUUAGGUGGACAUCUUAUUUAUCCACUGUGCCUAGUCUGGUUAAGUUAAAGAAACAGCACGUUUUUAUUUCAAUAAUUCUCGACACCUAUCGUGUUAGUUUUCAAAUAUUAAAAACCGUGUGUGCGUGACAGUGUAUUUUUUUUAAUUUCUAACGAGUAAGCCCCCUAGAUGAGUGUGUACGCUCUUGGGGCAAACUCAAUUUUCCAAAAAUAUGUUUAAAUAAAAGUUAACUUGUACAUGAACUUGUGGUCAGAGCUCGACAACUGUCUCUCUGUAGCUCAGUUGGUUAGAACUCGACAACUGUCUCUCUGUAGCUCAGUUGGUUAGAGCUCGACAACUGUCUCUCUGUAGCUCAGUUGGUUAGAGCGCUGCACCGGAAUCACAGGGCCGCAGAUUCAAUUCCUGCCAGAGGGCUUAUAGUUUCAUUUUUCGUAACUGCUCCUGAUUAGGUGUAAUAAAUGUAUAAACUCUUCAACAAUUGAGUUGUAUCAAGUGAGAUGUCUAAUAAUCCUGAUAUUUACCAACCUCGUACCCAGGCUAUUUAUCUCUCACACUCUAGUGCCACGGCCACCUGACAUUUACCUGCUCAAAUUAACCAGAUUAUAGCAAGAGAAGUAACCAGGAAAUUUAACAGUAAUAUUAAGUUGGGUCGGCUACGUUAACACUUAGAUUAGGCUACGAAAUCUGGUACGACUACGAGAUUUUUCCGUUAAAUAUCAGCUACUACAGACUUUUUAUCGUCCUUUCUUUUGCAUUUCACAUCUUUAUAGCAACAGUCGUGCCAAACCUCAUACUAUAAGUUUUUAGUAGCUGAUAUUUAAUGGAAAAAAUCUCCUAGUCGUACUAGAUUUCGUAGCCGUAGCGAAUCUAAAGUUCCCUAUUAUCCUAACGUACGGGGCAAUCAUUUUUUGAUGGGGGACGUUCUCUGCAUGUGCGUUUGUUAAAAGUGAUUUUUUUUCUCUAGCUUAUUGGCACACCACAGGAACACUUAGCAAGAGCAAUUUUUAUUGAAUUAAAUGAAUCAUGGACGGCGUUUGAAGAAAGUGGCUCAAAGUCACUUUAUUAAAACAAUAGUAAUAAUUAGGUAUAUUAAACUAUAGACUAUAUGAAAUCAACAUAUUUUAUUGUGCAUGGCCCAAAUAUCUGUCUCUGAGCGUCACGUGUAAAUCACAAGUGAAAAAUCUCUUGAAAACGAUGUUAAUGCAUGCUGGUCGCCAUGCACCCAUGCAGAUAACUACCAUUGUGCUGAUCAACAAAACACAACGUCUUGACAACGCUAUUCACAAAAUUUUCACAAAAUAGUUGCAGAAUUUCAAUUUAGUAUAUAUGUCUACUUUUUAUGCACCGAGGAUUGACUAUAUCACUCGAUCAGCGUUCUAAAAUAUUUUAUUUAGGAAUUGGGUUUUGUAAAAGUGGGUUAUCAAAAAUUGCAGUGGGGUUUAAAAUGGGAGCUACCUGCAUGAUUAAAUCUAAUGUCCUCAAGAAUCAAAAUGUAAUAUAUUAUCUACAACGUCUUCGUACCUAUAAUGGACAGACAACGUAAGAGGGACGUAAAUAAUGGUUUUAGUACGGUUUUAGGCACGCUAUUCAGUAGCUUAGGUCCUCAUUACGAAACAAAUACUGCAUGCAUCUUAAUAUUGUGCUUGUCGCUGAUUGCACUGUGAGUGUUAAUGUGAAAUUGAGAAUUAAUUUUUCUAAUAUAUAUAAA